CCAGGAAAGCCUGCAGCUUCCGCUCCUGCCUGCCUUCCUGAUCCAAGCUACCAGGAGUCUUUCUGUCUUCCGUUUCUCACGAUCAGGAAUCUCCCUGCUUGCGAGUUCCUACUCUUUUCAUGUCUCGCUGUAGUCGAUGAACUUAUGACGAAACGGAGAGCCUGUCAGCUUGACUUCGGCUCAUUCUUAGAUUCGCCCUAAGCCCUUAGUAUUUAGAUCGCCUGACGUUGUCAACGGUGAUUCCCAUCGACGUUAGAAGCGUCGCCUGGCGUUUUCCCGAUCUACCGCGAUUCGCUCCUGACGCAAUUCUGCUCAGAAUCGAUGGCAUAGGCACCUGAGACACAAGGCUAAUACGAGACCUCUGGAUUAACUCAAGCUUUAACGACGGCUGACGACCGUUCGGUGAAGACAACCAGAUAGCUGCUGUCUGUCCUUCGACGUCCAACAAGGCGCUGAAACCUCUCUUCCGUGGCCAAAAAAGAUGUACCAGGGGCAUCAGGCACCUCUCUUGAGACGUACCUCGGGACGUAACUCUGGACGCACUGCAGAGUUACCUAGUCAACGACUUUGCCUACUACUACAGCAUACCUGUUUUUCUGCCUGUUUCUUUCUUGCUUUUUUCUCUGUUUGUGAUCGUUUUUCUUGGUGUCAUUUGGAGGAGCACACACCUGUGGACGCUCUCCGAGUUAGGAGAAGCUCAUCAUUCCUGCCUGCUGGUACAGCUCACCUGGGGGCACACACCUGUGGACGCACUCCAAGUUAGGAGCAGCUCAUCAUCAUCCCUGCCUGCUGGUACAGCUCACCUGGGGUGGGAGGGCGAGUAGGUCCUUUAGGCGAGGUAAGUGUGUCUCCGCGCAGAGGCCAUCGAGUCCCAUUCGCUUUCCACGAGUCCCUGCCUCGCUCCUCCUGGUUCUAACCAAGCUUUUUUUUUCUGAUGUAUGUGUUUGUCUGAUCGUUCUCCUUCCCACAUGGGUGUUCGAGUAUGGGAACUGCAUCGCCUCACAAGACUAAGAAGCGGAAGUCACAGUUCCGCUGCAAUGCUGCUGGUGGAGUUACAAUUUGCGCACUCGUGAAGUGACAACUGCACCCAUGACUGGUGCAAUGUGCUGUUGGUCUGCUUGUUGUGGCUUCUGCCUGAUGCUACUCAUUUUUACCUAGAUUUCAUGGACGGUUUUUAGCCCUUUUUCUGCAGUUCUCACUGUUCCCUCAUCUACUAUCUACCUCCCUCCUCCCCUCACUUACCCGCCACUCCCAGUGCUCCUGAGCAGACCAAGCCCCGCUUUUUGGCAGAUCGAGGGCCCUCGCUGGACGAUCCAGGGAGCUGGGCUAGCGUGCCACCUCACCUCAGGUAACACGUGCCCCUUCUCUGCUCCUUUUCCCUUUUGAAUUUUCUUUUGUUGCUUCCCGGUUUCUGUUCGUCCUGUCUCAGAUCCCUUUCAAGCCGAGAGGCUGAGCUAGAAUCAUGUGCCGACUUGACAGCAGGCACAAGGCGCCGCUUGUAAUUUACAAGGGGAGCUACUAGAAAGGAUUGCUUGUAGGAAGUGGAAGGGAUAUGGUGGUCAUUUCAAGCGUGGGGCCAUUGAAGGCAUGGGAUGCAUCGAAUACUUUGCGCCAGCAGCAGCUUUAUGGGCGGGGUAGUACGGUGUCAACUUAUACAUAUUAUCUUUGUAGAAGUUAUAGGCUAGACUGAGGUAUGCUUCUAGUGAGUACAACCAACUAGUAUUUGUUCUAGGUUUCCACCUCUAGUA